CGAGCAUAGAUCCCAAGCUUUGGCUAUGGCCAACUCAAGAUCUGACUGGUUUGAACAAAGGGGGACAUUGGUUACUCUGCAAAACCAGGAAGGGACAAAUUGUCGUGAGGAACCAAAUGCAAAUUCUAAUGGAAAGAAUCAAGAGGUGAUCGAUUUAGAUGCAAAAUCAGAUGGGAAAAAUCAGGAGAUGGAUCCUAAUAAUGCCCUUGACGAUUUUAAUUCAAAAUCUGAUGGGAAAAAUCAGAAAGUCAUCGACUUGAAAGCAAAAUCAGAUGGCCAAAAUCAGGGGUUUGAGCAAAAGAAAGUCCCGGAUGAUUUGCAGAUUACUGAGAGGAGAUCAUAUGCACAAGCUUUGGGUAAGCUGUCGAACGUCGAUGGUCUCCCAAACCCUAUUCAUGACGAAAAGAUUAUUAGGGUUAAGAUUCCACAGAGAGCCUAUGAAGAACAACUCAUGAAGCACAAAUUUGCGCUGAUCGGUAGACUGAACUUGAGGAAUCUUACCAUAGAAAAUUUGAAGAAGUAUGUAAGAGAAAACUGGAAAUUGAUAGGUCGUGUUACCCUGAUUGUGUUGGGUAAAGGCUUCAUAUUAUUCAGAUUCAAUUCUGAAGCCGACAUGACUACAAUAUGGAGACGAGGCCCAUAUCGAAUUGAUGGCCAACUACUGAGAUUUCAAAGGUGGCAACCGGAUUUUAAUGUGAAUCAGAACACUAGCCAUGCUUUGCAAUGGAUCAGAUUCCCUGACCUUCCACAAGAGCAUUGGCACGACGAGAUUCUCCUUCACUUGCAAAGGCAGCUGGUACGCCAAUGCAAUUGAUAAAAACACAAGAGAUUCAACGAUGGGGUACUUUGCAAGAGUUUGUGUCGAUGUUGAUUUAUCGGCAGAUAGAGUAGAAGAAAUUCUCAUCGAGAGAGAACAAGUGGGUUCAAAAGACAUUUACCUAUUCAAGCAGGUAAUGAUCUAUGAGAAACCUACUGAAAGAUGUGGAUAUUGUACAAAAUAUGGCCACAUGAUCGCUGGUUGCUUAAAAAGGAAGGACGAUGAAGGAAAAAAAACCAAGAUUAUUAUCAAGGAUCUUGGUGAGCACAACAAUGUUCAUGGGGUCGCUGAUAUGGCUGCAAAUUUAAACAAUGUUGAUGCGAAUCAUGUUGUUGUGAACAAAGAAAACAGUUGUUGGUGUUACAGUAGAAGGAAACUUGGCUGCAGCUGAUGUUGCCGCACAAAAUGCCCACAAUGUCGAUUGUAAUAUUGUUGGGGAAAAUUCUGUUGCUGCUGCAAACAAUGAAGUUUAUGGUAUGAACAAAAAAGGAAUUGUUGACGGUACUGCAGUAUCCAUGCUUGCAAGCUAGGAUCAAGUUACUCUUGUUGAUGUGGCUGCUGGAAAAAUGGUUGCAGUGGCCGAUCAAGUUGCUCUUGUUGAUGUGGUUGCUGAAAAAAUGGUUGCAGUGGCUGAUGUCGCAGGAAAUUCUAACAAUGUCGAGGUCAAUUGCGAUGAUGUUGUUGACGAAAAUUUUGUUGCAGCUGCAAACAAAGGAACUUAUGGUAGAAAUAAAAACAUAUUUGGUGAGGGUACGGGAGUACCUAUGGUUGAUCAAGUUGCUCUUGUUGAAGAGAGACAAACAAAAGAAAAGGUAGAGGGUCUGACCUCUAAUGAUCUGGGUGUUGAAAAUGUUCUGACCUCUAAUGAUGUAGGUGUUGAAAAUGUUGGUCACGGUGAUGUCUUGGACUCACCAAUUCAUCAGUUUUCACUGAUGCAAUAUACGGACAACAGUCCUUCCUCAAGAGUCCCGGAGACACAAUUUGAUGUGGUGAGCCCAAAUUUUGGGAAGACUGCGGUCGUCUUACAUGCGGAAGUUGACAUGGUAGAUGAAGCAAUGGUGCAGCUGGAAGGCGAGUAUACUCCCGUAAAAUCUAAAAAGGCCAAAGCUGCUACUGUUAUCCAGGCGCGCAAGUCUACAAGACUUGGAAAAGGUAACCAAUCUUUUGCCUAAUGAAGUUACUUUACUGGAACAUUCGAGGAAUGGACAGGGUCAAAGCUCGAAAUGCUUUGAAGUUUCAUAUGAAAGAGCAUCAACCUGAGAUGGUUUGCAUUGCAGAACCUUUGGUUCAUCCCAGUAAAUGUCCCCUGAUUUUCUUUUCAGCCUUAGGAUAUUGCUCUGAUUUCUUGCAUAAUGAGAGAGCUGAUAAGCAUCCAAAUCUUUGGUUAUUUUGAAAGAAUUAUAUUCCAAAACCUGUGAUAUUGGGAAUGUCUGACCAGCAGAUUACGAUUAAUAUGGGUGUCUUUGGUAAUAAUAUGCAACUUUUCAUUGUUCAUGCUAGUACUUUUCAUUGUUCAUGCUAGUACUAUCCGAGCAAAUUGUAGAAACCUUUGGAUGGAACUUGUCUCUAUGACAACAACCUCUCCUUGGGUAGUUGCAGGAGAUUUUAAUGCCACCCUCUUCUCCCAUGAAAAGAGAGGCUCAGGUCCAUUCAAUAUGGGAUCUGCCAACGAAUUUGCAGCCCUGAUUGAUUCAUGUUCUCUUAUAAGACUACACUAUUGGUAGCAAAUUCACUUGGUCCAACAAUAGAAGGCAUGGGAAUGUGAUGGCAGUUCUUGACAGAGGGCUUUGUAAUGAUGCUUGGUUCAAUUUUUUCGAUGAUUGUACUCAAAAGACUCUACCAAGGCAUGCACCUAUUUUGAUUAAAUCUGAGGACAUCCAACGACCUAACAAUAUACCUUUUCGUAUGCGAAGGUUUUGGAUAGAUCAUAAGGAUUUUUCUGAGGUGGUUUCACAAUCUUGGAAUACUCCUGUUAAUGGUACACCCAUUUUUAUUGUUGUCAAGAAACUUAAAAGGUUGAAAGCCGAUCUAAAAAAUUGGGCCAAAUUAACUUUUCCUCGACUUAAUAAUCUAGUGAAGUCCAUCACUAUUGAACUUGAACACAUACAGGAAACUAUUGAGAAUGUGGGAUCAAAUGGUUUUCUUUUGGAUCAAGAGCUUGAAGCCAAAUCCAAACUUCAUAAUGCUCUUGAAAUUCGAGAAAAACUGUGGGCCAAAAAAUCCAGGAUUAAGUGGCUAAAAUGUGGGGACAGGAACACCAAAUUCUUUCACUUGACGACUAAAAUCCGUCAAGCAAAGAAUUUUAUGAGAAAGAUUAAAAAGCAGGAUGGUUCUAUAAUCUCAGACACAAAGGAUAUCGGAAAUUAUGUUGCCGAGUUCUAUGAAAAUUUUCACAAAAAACCGGCAUCCUUGAAAUGCACUUAUUUGCUUAACUGUAUUCCACUUCUUAUUGAUCAGAAUGAUAAUCACAUGCUCACAACAAUUCCUUCUGAAGAUGAAAUAAAGUCGGUCGUUUUUGCUAUGGAUUUUAACAAUUCCCUUGGACCUGUUGGUUUUCCAGGAACUUUUUAUCAGAAAUGUUGGUAUAUUGUGGGUUUUGAUGUUUGCAGGGCAAUCAGGAACGUCUUCUAGGAAGGAAUUAUUCUGAAAGGCUUCAAUAAUAACUUCAUCACUUUGAUUCCCAAAGUUGAGGGUGCUAAGUCUCUAGAUUUGUUUAGACCAAUCUGUAUGGGAAACUUCAUCUUCAAGAUCAUUAUGAAAAUUAUGGCUUCAAGACUGGCAUCCUUACUUCCCAAAUUGAUAUCUGAGGAGCAAGGGGCUUUCUAAAAGGGUAAAGUUAUUUUUUCAAACAUUUCCCCUGCAUCUGAACUGGCCAAUGUAAUUCCUAUUAAGUCUCGUGGUGGGUCUAUGAGAAUUAAAAUUGAUAUACAAAAGGCUUAUGAUUCCCUGGAAUGGGAAUUUCUUUUUGAUGUAUUGGAAAAUUUUGGUUUUUGUGAUAAGUGGAUUCAUUGUGUCCGACAAAUUUUAA